AAAUUGAAGUUAGAAAUCAGUAGUCAAUAAAUUUAAACUUAAGCGGCAACCGCAAAACAAUUUAUUUUUGGCGAAUAUUUUUUGGAUUUUACAAUUUCAAAAGGAAACAAACAAUAUUAAAUAUAAUUAAAAGCAAAAAGCAAAAAGCAAAAAGGAGAACUAAUCUUUCGAGCAAAGGAUCAGAAACGAAAUAAUUUGAUACCUCAACACAUUUACGAUAAACUUUAAGCUGUAAAUUGUACUUAAGUGUUCAAAUAUUAGUUUAAUACGACAAAUCGAAUUCUACAAUUAAACAAAAACUAAACAAAAAAAAUUAUAAAAAUUUAUACACAUUUUAAAAUUACUUAUAAGUAAAAAAGGAAAUAAAAAAAAAAUAGCUUCAAGCACAGAAUUGCUAACGCAUUUGAGUCUCAGCAAUUUCAAAACCAGUCACUAGUAAUUAAUCGAAUUGCAAGUUUUCACGUUUUAAGUUGGAAAAAGUGGAAGAAAAUUUUCUAUUCAACAUGACGAUGAGUACAAAUAACUGUGAGAGUAUGACCUCAUAUUUUACGAACUCCUACAUGGGCGCCGACAUGCAUCAUGGACACUACCCGGGUAACGGAGUCGCUGAUCUCGAUGCACAACAGAUGCAUCAUUAUAGUCAAAAUCCAAAUCACCAGGGCAAUAUGCCCUACCCGCGGUUCCCACCUUAUGAUCGGAUGCCCUACUACAAUGGCCAAGGUAUGGAACAGCAUCAAGGCUAUUCACGGCCAGACAGUCCUUCCAGUCAAGUAGGCGGCAUGCCCCAAUCGCAGGCGAAUGGCGGUGGUCCGAUCGUUACACAACAACAACAAUCACAGCAACAGAAUACACCACAGCAUCAACAGCAUCCGCAAGUGACGCAACAGGUGACACACCCACAACAACAGCAACCAGUCGUCUAUGCAAGUUGUAAGCUACAAGCUGCAGUCGGUAGUCUGGGUAUGGUACCCGAAGGCGGUUCACCACCGUUAGUCGAUCAAAUGGGCACUCAUCAUAUGAACGCACAAAUGUCAAUACCACAUCAUAUGGGCCACCCACAAGCACAGUUGGGUUACAAUGAUGUUGGAGUUCCUGAUGUCACAGAGGUACACCAAAAUCAUCACAACAUGGGCAUGUAUGGACAACAGCAAACUGGCGUUGCAACUGUUGGCGCACCUCCACAAUCCAUGAUGCAAGGUCCACCACAAAUGCAUCAGCAUCCUGGUCAACACACACCACCAUCACAAAAUCCAAAUUCGCAGUCUUCAGGGAUGCCAUCUCCAUUGUAUCCCUGGAUGCGAAGUCAAUUUGAACGUAAACGUGGUCGUCAAACUUACACAAGGUACCAGACCCUGGAACUGGAGAAAGAAUUUCACUUCAAUCGUUAUUUGACAAGACGACGACGCAUUGAAAUUGCUCAUGCUCUCUGCCUAACUGAGAGACAAAUCAAGAUUUGGUUUCAGAAUCGUCGCAUGAAGUGGAAAAAGGAGAACAAAACAAAAGGCGAACCUGGUUCAGGCGGAGAAGGUGAUGAAAUCACACCACCAAAUAGUCCUCAAUAAACCAAUUAACAAAGAUUAUAUAUAUGUAUCUAUAUAUAUAUAUAUAUAUAUAUAUAAGCUAUGGAAAUGGAAGAUACAGUUAUUAUUCUAAUGAACGAAGCUAUGAGAACUAAACACAA